AAGGGGACCAGAGUCGAUCCCGCUUCAACGAAAUAAGCACUGAGCUCUUGAACGUGUUGCAGAUACUAAGUGUCGUCCAUUUGACCUCAGCCUAGCGUGCUUUCUAGUGGGGCGCUAUCAACGCGUUUAAUGUGCUUCACCUCACCCAUAACUUACCUCUCCGCCUACGGAACGUCCGCUACGUCGAGACACAGGAUCUACGACUCACAAAAUGGCUGCGGUCAUGUCUGCAAAGCGGCCCCGCGCGCUCAGCAUAGACCCAUUGGGUGGAGUUGGGGAUAGUGGUCGCAACAAACGAUCACGUCAGUCUCUACCAGAUUAUAACGAGCGAUCUACGAGCGACGAAGAGUCGAACGCGAGCGAUGAAGAUGAGCGAGACACUACCCGCGAGAACGACAUGAUGAUGCACGCAACACAACAAGUUCAGAAAGAUUUUGGGACUACGCGGAAUCAACAGAAUGUACCUGCUGAGUGCGGAAUUAUCGAGGAGAUUAAAUGCGUCAACUUUAUGUGUCACGUCAACCUGGUCAUCACCUUGGGGCCUCUGAUCAACUUCAUCAUUGGCCACAAUGGCAGUGGCAAGAGUGCAGUCCUUACAGCUCUGCAGAUUUGUCUCGGUGGCAAGGCAACCGCUACCAAUCGUGCGCAGAACCUCAAGAGCUUGAUCAAAGAAGGAGAGUCUCACAGCAGCGUGCGUGUGCGCAUAAAGAAUCAGGGUGCGUUGGCCUUCAAACCGCACGAAUACGGCAGAUCGAUAUCUGUCGAACGACAUUUCAGCACAAACGGAACUUCGGGCUUCAAGCUGAGAGACGAAAACGAUAGGGUCGUCACGACAAAGAAAGCUGAGCUGGAAGACAUCCUGGACGCUUUCUCCAUGCAGAUUGACAACCCAAUGAACGUGCUCACCCAGGAUAUGGCAAGGCAGUUCCUCAAUCAUUCCACUCCGAAAGACAAAUAUAAAUUUUUCUUGGCAGGCACACAACUCGAGACCCUUCAUCGAGACUACCAACAGAUCGAGACUUCCUUGGAGACGAUGAACGGUCGAGAGGAAAUCACCAAAGAGAUACUCGCCAGUAAACGCAAGGAAAUGGAUACUUCGGUGGCCAAGGCCAAACAGGCAGGAAAUCUUGAACAGAUGCGCAGGAGAGAGCACGAGCUGGCAGGGCAGGCAGCCUGGGCAAAGGUGGAAGAGGAGGAGGCGGAUUUGGCGGAGGCGGUGGCGGAGCUCGAAAAGCUAGACACUCUCAUCGAGAAACGAACUGCUGAAGCAAACGAGGCAUCUGUCUCUUUUGACCGCGCGGAUGCAGCCGUAACGGGCGCGCAAGAAGACGUCACCGAAACAACAAAUGAAGUUGAGCCAAAGCAGCAAGCAGCGCGGGAACGUUAUGAAACAUUUCAGGCCGUGAAGCAGAAGAUGCUUAACCUGCAAUCAGACGAGAGGAAAGCGCAGAGUGAUAUCAAAAUGAAGAGAAAACAGGUCACUCAAUACGAUAAUGACAUAGAACAACUCAGGCGACGCCAAGCCGAGGCUGACAACGGUAUCUAUGCUGAAAAGCAACGCGAACUCGAGGAAGCCAAAGUGGUCAGUGAGCAAAAGGCGGAGCAGUACGCCACACAUAGCACAAGCCUACCCGAGGCUCAGAAUCAGCUGAGAGCUGCCACGAAAGAGAAGGAUGGCGCAGACCAAGCGCUUGAUCGUGCUCUGAAGGAUGAAGAUCGCAUCCGUGCAACUAUCCGUAAUUUGCAAGGAAACGACCGUCAGUGGCAGAGUGCGUAUCAACAGCCCAAUAAAUUGCGCAGUCUCCUCGAUGCUAUCGCACGUGAGAACAGGUUCAGAGAUCCAAAGAACGUAAUCGGCCCUCUGGGACGCCAUGUUAAGCUUGUAGAGGCAGACUGGGCCUAUAUACUUGAGAAGUCGUUCGGAUCUGCAUUGAAUGCCUUCGCAGUCACAAGUAAACCGGACCAAACCAUCUUGGCCGAGUUGAUGAGACGAUGUGGAUGGCAAUCACCGAUCUUCAUAGGCAGCACAAAACCUAUCGACACAUCCAGGCACGAACCCAACUCGUCUUUGCUGACGUGGAUGAGGGCACUCAAGAUUGAUAAUGAUCUCGUCAAGAACCAGUUCAUCAUCAAUCAAGGUAUUGAGCAAACUGUGCUCAUCGAGAACGCUGGAGAAGGCGCACGAUUCAUGGAAAGUCCACCUCCAAACGUGAAGAUGUGCUUCACUUUCUUCAAUGGUGACAAAAGGCGUGGCCGAGUAAUCAACUACUCGGGAGGCGGUGGCAACAACAACAGCCCAAUCGACGAAUAUAGAGGGCAGUUACGCAUGCAGGUUGACAAGGAUACUCAGAUUCGACAGGAGACUCAGCAACUUGAACUCGCUAAACAGGCAACGUCUGCUGCUCGGCAGGAGUCUAAGAGACUUCUCGACAAGGUCAACAAAUUGAAAGCUACCGAAGCGAACCACUCGCGGCUCGGAAAGCAGCUGCAACACAGUCACCAAGCAGCCCAGGAUCGCGUGGAAGCCCUAGAAGCAGAAUUGAGCGAUGCAACUCCAGACGCUGCCGCCAUCGAGGUGCUCGAAGACCAGCUAAGGACCGCUAGAGAUGAGCAAAAGCGAUGCGAGGAAGUGUACGAAGACAUGGUUGAACAGAAAAUGGAGUUGGGCGCCGAAAAUGCCACCAAUAAGCAGGCGCUCGACGACGCUCAAAAAGAGGUCAAAGACCUGGAGUUCAGACUCACCAAGGCUCAGGCAAGAGUCAGGGCAAUGCAGAGCAAACGGGAAGAUGCCUUGAAAGCGAAGAACAAGGCAAUAGAUUCGAUCAAAGCCGUUGAGGACAACAAGAAGUUGUGGAUUGACGAACGCGUCAGCAAACAGGCCGAGGUCGAGAAAAGAAUUGCCGACGCCAUGACGGUUGCACCUGACCGUGUUGCAGUUCCCGCAGGCAAGACAUUCGAAGGCUUGAUCGAGUCGCGCCAAAAGCUCAUCAAGACCCGUCAGGAUGCCGAGAAAGAGCUGGGAGGGUCACAACACGAGCUCCUGGCAAAAGCUAACGAUGCGAUUGCUGCGUAUAAAGAAGCGGACGAUGAGCAAAGACUCAUGAGGAACAUCAAGAACCAGCUCAUAAAGACGCUACAGCACAGACAAGUUCGAUGGAAACAGUUCCGCUCGGCAAUAUCUGUGCGCGCUCGCGUCAUGUUCAGCUACCUGCUCAGUGAACGCAAGUUCCGUGGCCAACUCAAAAUUGACCACAGGAAUCAAGCCCUCGACAUCAACGUGCAGCCGGAUAGUACGGAGAAGUCUGGUGAUGGUCGGCAGACCAAGACACUGUCCGGCGGCGAGAAGUCGUUCUCGACGGUCUGUCUCCUGCUGUCGCUGUGGGAUGCCAUGGGUUCCCCGAUUCGCUGCCUCGACGAGUUCGAUGUCUUCAUGGACAGCGUCAACCGUGACAGGAGUAUGAACAUGAUCAUCGCCGCCGCGCGACGCUCUGUUGGGAGACAGUUUAUAUUCAUCACGCCGCAGUCGAUGAACAACGUCAAGCAAGACUCGGACGUCAAGAUCAACCGCAUGACGGAUCCUGAGCGUGGUCAGACAGCGCUCAACUUCGGCCAGGCGUAGGAGGGCGGCACGGAGGGCAUGUGUGGAGUUAUUUGUGGUUUUCGUUAAUUAUACCCAACGGCGUUGGAGCGCCCGGAUCUGCAUGGGGGCGCUGGAAAUAGCAUAGGUGUCUGACAUGGAGCAUUAUGACGCAGAUGAUGCGCGCGUCUAGUAGCAAGAGUGCUCUUUGGUGACAAUACAACAUUUGGUACCAC